GACACCUUUGGGGCGGGUCGAGGAGCCUUCUGCCCAAUUCUGUUGGUUGCCCGAAGUGUAACCGAGUUCUCAUGAUUGGCGGUGUACUUCCCAUCUCCAUUCAAGGCCCGCCUCCUACCUUCCCCUGCCUCGGGGAGACCUGGAAGAGUUGGGAUAGAGGUCACAUUGACUGAGGGUAGUUGCCAGAGUCCUGCAGUUACACACAAAGCCUAGAUAGACCAUGGCACUGAGAGCAUGUGGACUGAUCAUCUUUCGAAGAUGCCCAGUUCCCAAGGUGGACAACAGUACAAUUGAGUUUCUACUAUUGCAGGCAUCAGAUGGCAUUCAUCAUUGGACUCCUCCCAAAGGACAUGUGGAACCAGGAGAGAAUGACUUGGAAACAGCCCUGAGGGAGACUCGGGAGGAAGCUGGCAUAGAAGCAGCCCAGCUGACCAUCAUUGAGGGGUUCAGAAGGGAGCUCAAUUAUGUGGCCAGGAAGAAGCCUAAAACAGUCAUUUACUGGCUGGCGGAGGUGAAGGACUACGACGUUGAGAUCCGCCUCUCCCACGAGCACCAAGCCUACCGCUGGCUCGGACUGAAUGAGGCCUGCCAAUUGGCUCAGUUCAAUGAGAUGAAAGCAGCACUCCAAGAAGGACACCAGUUUCUCUGCUCCAAAGCAGCCUGAACUAACUGGAGCAGUCAUUUGUUUCAGUAGGAUCCUUGAGGACCUUCUGAAAUCAACUCACUCUCAAAUCUGGAGAAAGUUUUACUGGUCUUUGGCUCAUCACAGCCAAGAGCAGAUGAGUUAGUGAAAUCAGCUUAAGACUCUCAGAUGAGAGCAAGCAAAAAAAUCCUAGCUAGGUGGAAAGACAAGGGAAGAGUGAAAAUAAAAAAAGCUGAACCAUAUAAAAAAUAAAAAACCAUAAACCAAAUAAAAAAGGCCAGGCUCAUAAGAGUAUCUUUGAAGUUUAUAAAUAUAUCUCAAGCUGCUUCU